GUUCGUGUUUGGAACUUCGGACGCAGGUCAGCAAUCUUGUUAACAUUUAUUGGAUCACAUCAAAGUGCCAUGCUGUGUACAGUAUAAAUAGAGAGGGACGGGCUCAUCAGUCUCACAGACGUCACAGAUCACAUCACUGAGGUGUCAUCAUGAAGGUGUUUGCAGUAAUCCUUGGGCUGGCGGUCCUCUCAGGCUGCUAUGCCAGAAGUGUUCCUCAGGAUGAGAUGAAGAACCCCUGGGAAGUCACGGUCGAGAAGUUUAACGAUUAUUUCACCGAUCUGAACUCAAAGGCCGACAGAAUUGUGAAGGGCAUCAAGAGCUCCCACAUCAGCCGGGAACUGCACACCCUGAUCCAGGACAGCAUGUCUGAGCUGGCCGUGUACAAGAAGGACCUGCAGAAGCUGGCCCCCUACACCCAGAAUUUGGCGGGGAACCUGGGCGGAGACCUGCAGACGACGUUCGGCCAGCUGGAAAAGCACAUGCAGGAGGCCCGGGAGCAGAUGGAGAAGUACAGCCUGGAGCUGCAGACCAUGAUGGAACAGAACGUUGACGAUGUCAGUGUCCGGGUAAACGCCUACACCCGCAAGCUGAAGAAACGCCUCAACAGGGACACAGACAGCAUCAAGAGAACUGUUGAAGAACUCUUCGGGAAUCUUCACUCUAGCACCUCCAGCAACAUGGAAGGCAUGAAGACGCUUUUCAACCCUUUCUUCACUCAGGUGCGUGACAACGUCCAGGCAAAGAUCAGCACUCUGAGUGAGCUGUUCAGCGACACCACAGAGGACAUGAAGGACCGCAUCGAGCACACCGCUGAAGACAUGCGCUCCACACUGCAGGAGAAGUUUGAGGAGCUGAAGAACUGGUUCCAGCCCUCCAUGUAAACCCUGUAAUCCAACAGAGAGGACCAUCAGUCAAAACCACCUCCAAAAACAAUUAGAAAAGAUUCAUAAAUAAAGAUACUCAGCUGUUGUAUACACACCACCUCCAUGUCUGAAUGUGUAGUGUCACUGAUGCCCUUCAAUAAAAAAACAUCUGUCCA